AUGGCACCGCCCGCCCCUGCUGGUGCCUCGAGCACCAGCUUCGGCGGAGAAGAGGAAAUCAAGAAACGCGUAGGAAAGAAGCUUCAGAAAAAGCGCCAUGAACCUCAUACCCCGACCAUGGAGCUGCCCGAGAGGUUAAAGGAAGGCGACGAUGCCGCCGAAGAGGACUUGGUGCCCACUCAAGGACCGCCCAUGUUCAUGAACAUGAACCAGUCCAUCUUUGGCCUUAUUGCUGCCGCCGGGUCCCGCGUCGACUUCCAUGAUCGGUUCGAGUCCAGCGAUGAAGAAAGCGGCGGCGAAUACGACGAAGACCGUCACCAUGAUGGCGCCGACGAGGGUAGAUUGCACCUUGGCCACGGACUCUUUCCCCAUCGCAAACAGCGCCGGCGCAACGACGAACCCGAUGUCGCGAAAACCACCGUCUUAAAGAAAGACUCCUCUAGCAAGACCGAGAAGCACCGGCGCAAAAUAUCGGGUCACAAACUCCUUCGGUCGCUCCCCUCGCUCCCUCGUCUACCGCGACACAAGUCCAAGAAGGAACCAUCCAAACUGGAGCCUACUUCCGAAGAAGCCAGUGACGCUUCCGAGCCCCUUCCGUCCCAACAGGUGGCUGAUGAUACACGAGAAGAUGAUGAUGGAGGCUACCGGCUUGCUCCCGUCAUGAGCAGAAUGCUAGAAGCCAAGGCUGAGAUGUCUGCGAGACCCAGUUUCGAUGUCGAGCGUCGCUCUGGCGAAAAUAUGGCAUACAGCGACUCCGCCGAUUCCAACGGCACCGCUCUGGCCCGCCGUCUUCAAGACAUCUUCGAGUUUGACCACCCUGAAACUGUUAUUGAAGAAUAUCCCUGCUGGCUGCUUCAAAGCGUCUUGCUUCAGGGCUACAUGUACAUCACGGCGAAGCACAUUUGCUUCUAUGCCUACCUACCCAAGAAAGCGCAUGAGGUCGUUAAAUCGGGCUAUCUAUCCAAGAGUGGCAAACGCAAUCCCAAGUACAAUCGGUACUGGUUCCGUCUAAAGGGCGACGUCCUCGCCUACUACAAGGACCCGUCCAAUCUCUACUUCCCCCACGGUCAAAUCGACCUUCGCUAUGGCAUAUCCGCGAGCGUGACGGACAAGAAGGAUGGCUUGAAUUUUACAGUGGUCACCCAUCACCGGACAUAUUAUUUCAGGGCCGACAGCGCGCCAAGUGCAAAGGAAUGGGUGAAGAGUCUGCAGAGAGUCAUUUUUCGCUCGCAUAACGAGGGCGACAGCGUUAAGAUUUCGCUCCCCAUUGAGAACGUGAUUGACAUUGAGGACACACAGAUGCUUGAGUUUGCCGACACUUGCAAGAUUCGUGUUAUUGACAACGACGAAACUUACGCCAUUGACGAAUAUUUCUUUUCCUUUUUCAGUUUUGGCAAGGAUGCCAUCAGUGUCCUCAAGAUUCUCAUCGAAGAUGCAUCCUCAAAUGCGAAGGAUGCUGCUCGGCAAAAGGCCACACGGGAGUACGAAGGGCAGCUGCCGGCAGCUUCAGCACGCAGUUCGAUGAGCGGGAGCGGAAGCAGACGCGCCGUUGCUCCUCCCCGACUAAAGACAUCAAAGCUUCCCGAGGCCGUGAAAGCCACGCUUUCUCCCAUGUCUGCCCACAGCCCCUCUGCACUCAGUCCGCGAGCCAGCAUCGAUGGUGCCCGCGGCAGCUUCGACGCGUUUAGGGGCUUCCGUCGACGAAGCUUGGACUUGUCAACCAUCAUCCGUGAUUCUUCUCCUCGACGGAGCUUUAGUGGUAAUCGACGCUCGAUGAGCAGGAACCGCCUGGACGAAAGUCGCCACAAGCCGCACAAGCAAGGCUCAACGGAUUCUUACGUGCAGUCAUCCAUGGAGGACCCUAGUUUUUCGGGAAUGGUCGCAUCCUCAAAUGAGGACCCUUCAGCCAGUCAGAUCCUGCGAGGUAGCGACGUCUUUCAGAAUCCCACAAUGCGCCGGUCAGCGUCUGCUUCCCGAACGGAAAUCGAGAAGCACCAACGUCGAGAUGCCCGAAACCCUCCAGCCCUCGCUGCCUAUAGUGGCCAGCAUGCAGCAACGACGGGUUCCAUCGCCAAUGACGGUGACAGGCCGCCAGUAACGCCAACCCUGCAAAGCAUUACUAAGAUGGGUGCCUUUCCCCUUCAGCGUGUCGGGGCAUUUGCCGAAUAUCUUAACAGCACGAGCAGUAAAUUGGGCUCGAUGCUUGCUACCGAGUCCAUGGGCUACGUGGAAAAAGUAUCUGGGAUGUGGCGAGGUGGCCGGAAGCACUAUGAUGCUCCGCCCGAGAUCAAGACGGAUGAUGAAGAUUUGUAUGAGGACGCAGAGGGCAAGAUCCAGACAUCCAUGGAUCGCUUCCGCGCUCAUUUCGCUCUGCCCGAGACAGAAAAGCUCCAAGCGACCUACUUUGGCUACAUUCUGCGUGUUUUACCACUGUAUGGCAAAAUUUACAUCAGUGACAAGUCGUUCUGCUUCAGGAGCUUGUUGCCUGGAACCAGGACGAAACUCAUUCUCCCGCUCAAGGACAUUGAGAAUGUAGACAAAGAAAAAGGCUUUAGAUUCGGCUACUCCGGCCUAGUUGUCGUCAUUCGAGGACAUGAGGAGGUCUUUUUCGAGUUUGGCCAGGCAGAACUCAGAGACGAUUGUGCCGUUACGCUACUACAAAGCUUAGAGACGACCCGAUACCUGAGAGAGACGGGAGACUUGGAUAUUGAAGAGAAAGAGGACGAAGAAAACGCAAUGGCCGAACGUGACGCACUGAAAGAAGCCCGCCAGGUUGAGGAAUUUCAUGAUCACGAACUGCGGUUGCCAAAGAAUAGUUCCAACAUCAGCGAUGCCCCGACGAUUCUCUUUGACGACCCCAAGGCCUCCUUCCUGAAUUUCAAGCCUCCCCACGCCCUCAAAAUCACCUGCCUGACCAUCGGCUCCAGAGGUGACGUUCAGCCCUACAUUGCGUUGUGCAAGGGCCUCAUUGCGGAGGGACACAAGCCUCGAAUUGCUACUCAUGCUGAGUUCAAGGACUGGAUCGAGGGUCAUGGAAUCGAGUUUGCCAAGGUCGAUGGUGAUCCAGGCGAGCUGAUGAGACUGUGUAUCGAGAACGGUACUUUCACUUGGGCUUUCCUGAGAGAAGCAAACUCCAUGUUCCGUGGCUGGCUGGAUGAGCUGCUCGUUUCAGCGUGGGAGGCCUGCCAGGGUUCAGAUCUCCUGAUUGAGAGUCCCAGUGCCAUGGCGGGUAUUCACAUCGCCGAGGCACUCUCAAUACCUUACUUCCGCGCCUUCACCAUGCCAUGGACCCGUACCAGAGCCUACCCUCAUGCGUUUGUUAUGCCCGAAUACAAGAUGGGUGGUGCGUACAACUACAUGACGUACGUCAUGUUUGACAACAUUUUCUGGAAGGCGACGGCACAUCAGGUUAACCGGUGGCGCAACAACACGCUGAAGCUGCCCAACACGAAUCUCGAAAAGAUGCAGCCGAACAAGGUUCCAUUCUUGUACAACUUUUCUGAAUACGUUGUCGCGCCGCCUCUGGACUUUUCUGAUUGGAUCCGCGUCACUGGGUACUGGUUCUUGGACGAGGGUACCGAGUGGGAGCCGCCCAAGGAGCUCACAGACUUUAUAGCCCAGGCAAGAGCCGACGAGAAGAAACUCGUCUACGUCGGGUUCGGCUCCAUCAUUGUGAAUGACACAGCCAAGAUGACACAGGAGGUUAUCGACGCCGUUCUCAAGGCCGAUGUUCGAUGCAUUCUGUCCAAGGGCUGGUCGGAUCGCAUGGGCAAGCAGGAAGACGACACGGCUUCGAAAAAGGAAGAGCCAGUUAUGCCACCUGAAAUUCACGUCAUCAAGAGUGCGCCACACGACUGGCUCUUUUCUCAGAUUGACGCAGCCGCCCACCACGGUGGCUCUGGCACCACUGGUGCCAGCUUGCGAGCCGGCAUCCCCACCAUCAUCAGGCCUUUCUUCGGUGAUCAGUUCUUUUUCGGCAGCAGAGUCGAGGAUAUUGGUGUCGGAAUUUGCCUGAAGAAAUGGGGCGCUAUUUCAUUUGCUCGUGCGCUUUGGGAGGCGACACACAACGACCGAAUGAUUGUGAAGGCUCGCGUCCUUGGCGAGCAGAUUCGCAGUGAGAACGGUGUUGAGACGGCCAUCCAGUGCAUCUACCGUGAUAUGGAAUACGCAAAGAGUCUAAUCAAACGCAAAGCGGGCAAGCGCGCUCACGUCGAGCCAGACGAUGACGAAGAGUCAGCCGAAGAGAGCUGGACGUUCAUAGGCAAAGACGAGCCGGACCCAGAUAUGACGACGAAGAAGCUGUCAGACAUGGGAGCGCUCCCAGGAGCGCCAGAGACGAAGCCAUUGGGUACCAGAGUUAUUCGGUCGCCUUCCUCGCAGCCGGUCGCUUAG